CUUCCGGUCUUGUAGGAGGUUUACGGUAGAGCAUGGCGGCCCCCUGUCCACUCGUGAGAUCAGCUAGCUAGAAUGUUCUAGCACUUACAAGUUUCGGUGUUUAAAAGGAGGCAGUUUGUUAUUUUUGAUCAAACAGAAACAGCGUGUCCAUUUAUUCAACAAUUUGUCGGAUUCUUGAAAAGUUGUGUCCACAUUAUGGCAGACGACAGUCAGGGCAGGAGAUAUCCCCAGAACCUUCAGGGGGUUCUGCAGCUGGCAGUAGAUGCUGGAUCAGCUGCAGAGGGACCUGCUCCUCUGGAGCCUAUGACAGAGGAGAGGCAAACGUUUCUGAGAGACGCUCUCGCGGAUGUGUGCAGAGGGCAGAUGGAUGAAGUGGAGCAUAUGAAACAGUGCUUGGCAAUAUUGAGACAAGACGCAACGAACAACGGGGAGGAAGAGAGAGAUGAAGACAAUGAAGAUGAGCGAGAGUCCGCCUUUGAGGUGCUGUCAGAGCUGUGUGAGAACCUGGACAACGCUAGAGACCUGAUGGUUCUUGGUGGACUAGACUUGAGCCUCUCAAAAUAUCUUUGUCAUGCUCAGGGUGGACUGAGGUGGCGUGCAGCUGAGCUCAUUGCUUCCUGUGCCCAGAACAUGCCACAGGUGCAGAUCCACCUGCUCAGCAUCGGAGCACUGCCGAAACUUCUGCAGCUGACAGACUCUGACCCCAACCCCACUGUCAGAGUGAAAGCUCUUUACGCUGUGUCUUGUCUGGUUCGGGAGCAGGAGGCUGGACUUCAGGCGUUCUUGUCCCAUGAUGGCUUCUCAAUGCUGAUGCGAGGGAUGCAGUCGGAGAACGAGAAACUGAGGACCAAGUCUGCGUUCCUUCUGCUCAAUCUGCUGAUGUCACAUCCGGAACACAAAGGCACAGUUGUUUCCAUGGGUAUGGUGCAGCAGCUGGUAUCUGUCCUCCGCUCACCACACUCAUCGUUCCAUGAGCAUGUGCUUGGCGCUCUUUGCUGUCUGGUGGAAGAUUGUCCACAGGGUCUCAAAGACUGCAGGAAUCCAGCCCUCAACCUGGACGAGUUACUUAGGCAGCGUUCAAGAGAGCUCCAAGGGAAAGAAGAGAGUCAGGAAGAACUGGACUUCUGUGAAAGUCUGAGGGCGACGUGUUUCCGUGGACAGCAAGCAGACGACAACGGGAUGGAUCGUUGACGUUUUAUUUACCUCACCUGUUCUCAUUUCAGUGUGCAGGGAUGGAACAUAACAUUCAUGGCUCUGAUCAUGAGUGUGAAGUAACGUUUCUGUCUGUUACGACAGAUGCUGUCUGUUUAUUGCAUGUAAUCCAGGAGCUGGAUUUUACUGUAAAUAACUAAAAUAUCAAACUCAAGUCAGCUGUUUUAUUUUAUUUCAGUGUUUUUAAUAUCAAAUAUUUGAUAAAAUAGAAAAUAUCUAAGUCACAAAAAGUAUACAGAGUACUUUAAGUGUAAAUUGUUAAUUUUUAAAACUCAAUAUAAAUAGGGAAAUGUAUAAUUUUCUAAAAGUUAAAUUUUUUCUCUCUGUAUAAAGCUUCGAAGCUCCAAUAUUUUCUUAUGAUUUUGGUCCACUCUUGUUUCAGACAUAUGGUACAUACAUACAUACAUACAAGUACAUUGCUGUUGGGUUUUUUUUGUCCAUAUUUAUUUAUUAACAUACAAAAUGGUAGUUAUUAAAGACAUAUGAUGGCUGACUCACAAGAGGAAACCAUUGUUACCACAUGUACAACCUACACAUUACUGUCGAUGUCAUAAAACCAGUGAUUAAAGUAUGUUUGAAUGAAUCACA